AUGCUGAAUUUAAGCCAAAAAGUGGCUUUGUUUGUGAUGUGCAGUGAGUUCUUUCUGGGGAUUUGGGUAAAUGGCUUCAUUGGGCUGCCGCUCUGUCUCACUUGGGUCAAGAGCAGGAAAAUUUCUUUGUCUGACUUCAUCAUCCUGAACCUGACCCUUUCCAGGAUCGUCCUUCAGGGGCUAAUAAUGCUUGAUUCUGUUUUAUCCAUAUUCAGUCCCCAUUUGCACAACGCAGGCAGCCUGAUACAAAUUAUCGAUAUUUUAUGGACAUUUACCAAUAACUUAAGCAUCUGCCUGAUGACCUGCCUCAGUGUCCUAUACUGCCUAAAGAUUUCCAAUUUCUCCCACUCUGUCUUCCUCUGGCUCAAGUGGAGGGUUUCCCGUGUGCUUGUCUGGAUUCUUCUGGGUUCUGGGCUCUACUCUUUCUUCAGCACAAUGGCACUAAUCCUGAAAUUCAGUGUUUGUUCUGAACUCAAUCUAAUGAAACUCUCAGAAAACUGCACUGAAGAUGUCAAAAGAAAGAAAAUUGAGUACCGUUUCAUACAUAUGCUUGGUGCCGGCUGGUCAAUCAUUCCCCUCAUCGUGUCCCUGGUCUCCUCUGUCCUACUCAUCCUCUCCCUGAAGAGACAUAUCCAGCAGAUGCAGCAUCAUGCCACUGGCAUGAGGGACCUGAGCACCAGGGCGCAUGUGAAAGCCAUCAAAAUCAUCCUUUUGUCUCUCCUCCUCUUCAUUGGAUACAUCCUUGUCCUCUUCCUUGUUAUGUCUAGUCGUUUCUUUCCAAACCCCAAGCUGGCAGGGAUGACUGGUACAUUGAUUUUCAUUGCUUAUCCCUCUGUUCAAACCUUUGUUCUAAUUCUAGAGAACCAGAAGCUAAAGCAGGCAUUCCUUGGGAUGCUCCAGGUCAAAAAGUGGAGUCUGAAAUGUUAG